AUGGCUGAGAAGACAAACCAGCCCUUGGCACCCGCGAAUAGGCACCCCCGAAGCGAUGAACAAUUGGACGCUUUGCAAUCCAUGGAGCUCCGGCGAAAGAAAAGGAUCAAGUUGACCGUAUAUAUUGCUGCUUUUGCUGUGUUUCUGACACUAGUCAUCUUCGUCUUUGCUCUCACUGUGAUGCGCGUUAGGACACCUAAGGUCAGGUUGGGCACCAUCACCUUCCAAGAUGUCAACGCCGGCAACCUAACUUCGCCUUUCUUUGAAAUGACCUUCACAACCCAGGUGAGGGUGAAGAACACAAAUUUUGGUCCCUACAAGUACGAUGGCACAAAUGCAACGUUCACGUACCAGGGUCUGAUGGUGGGACGGGUGAGUAUUCCCGAGGCUAAGGCUGGGCUGCGUUCCACCAAAACAGUUAGUGUAAUAGUGUAUGUGAACUCAAAUGGACUACCAAGCACUUCGAGUCUUGCGAGUGACUUGAAUGCCGGGGUAUUGACAUUGAACAGCCAUGCAAAGUUUAAUGGAAAAGUGGAAUUGCUGUUUGUGAUGAAGAAGAAGAAGACCACUCAAAUGAACUGCACCAUGAAUAUCAAUAUCUUAACAAAGGAACUCCAAGAUUUGAAAUGCAAGUGAAAAAAACAAAAAUUGCUGUUUCGUUUGUUGUUUUUUCUUUUUGUUCUUUUUCUUUCUGGGUCUGUUUAUGUUUUUUAAUAUUUGACCAAGCCGGAUACUUUGAAAUGGCUCACGUUUGAUACAUAGGAACAAAAUGAGACAUAAUUGCAAUGAUAAUACACGAAUAGAACUGGAUGUUGGAAUGUGAUAA